AUGCAAACGCACUCUCGUCCCCGACCCCGGAAACUAGACCUGUCCACCAGUCUUCCGACUUCUGGAGGCCUGUCAGCUCGCCCCCCGGGUGGUCCUAUGACCGCUCGAGAGGGAUUCACCAUGCAGAAUGUCGGUAUUGCUUGUUUGUCGCCCGGGUUUCAGACUCACGAUCCCAUCAUGAGAGAACAGCUUCAACGGAGCUUGUCCGUACGAGAUCAACAGAGGUCAAUUAUUGAGGCGCGGAUGAACAAGUCCGCCAAGGACGACGGACCGGACGGUGUCAAACCGUCCGAGUCGUCAUUUGGGGUCCCUAAGACUGCCUCUUCCAAGAGGAGGCCGCCCCCCGGCUUGUCCAUUGUUCCCCCGUCUGCCGCACAGUUCGCCAACGAACGGGUCGUUCAAUCCGCCCCGCUGAAUCAGACCUUUACCGGAAGGCACCAGGCUCAGCCGUUAACCCGUCAUCUUGUCAACCAGAGCCCUACACUGGGCUCGACCUCUCAUAUCCAUCAUGUUCCUGCUACCCAAACGAAUAACCGUCUUCCUCCACUCGCCGACGUCUUCGGGUCUGAGGCAUUGGGUUCCCGUGAUCGGGAGUCGAAUCGCCCCUCGUAUUAUCAGGGUGCAUCUGGCUCGACGUCUUCUCAAUCAAACAAUCUGCCUCCCAUGCCGUCCCCUCGGAUUCCUGCCAGUGCCACGCAGGCCUCUAAUCGGCCUCGAGAAUACCGCUCCGCCGAAGAAGCUGUCCAGGAACUUUCGGGUGGACGGGAGGAGUUGUUGCCGCGUAUAGUUCACUACGGCGGCCAUCAGCCCCCGACUCCGCCGUCGCCGCGUAUCAACAAUGGUCCCAAAUCUGCAAUGGCUCAUCCGGAUGCUCGGCCUAUGACGAACGCACACGCUCCUCCACCCCCUCACCCCACAGUGUAUCAGUCGGAGGGAACCGCCCGCCGUCGCCCUCGCAGUGAAUAUGAACAGGACAACGGAAGUCCCCCGUUGGGACACGGUCCCGAGCCGCAAUACCGACCCAAUCCGGCUUUGGCCUCUGGCGCGGGCGCCACGUAUGGACCUUUCGGGGCAGGAAGAGACUCUCCAGAAACCCAGCGGAGAAAGAAAGAAGAGUUUCUAGGUCUGUGUGCCAGAGCCUGGGAUUUGUUCCACUCCUGA